AUGGAUAAAUUAUUUGAAAUAGAAUCGUUUGAAUUAUUUCAAAAUGUAUUACAACAAAUCUUGGCUAAUUUGUAUUACUCAGAAUCCACAUCAACAAUGCCAUACAUAGAAGCUGAAACUGUUCAAGUAGCUAAACAGGAAUUGAUCUUAAUUAUUUCAGAUUGCAAUUAUGACUUGCAAAAAAUUAAAGAUGUAAUUAGAAGUAAAGACUGGGUUCCUGAAAAAGUAAAAUGCUUUCUAGACUUAUUAGAAGCAAACAAAUCAAAUGUCCUUUACUCAGCCUACAAUCACUUCAACAGUAGUUACUGUGAAACUGUUCUUGGCUAUGAUUGGAUCGUAAAAUUAAUCCUUGGAACAAGUGAAUUGAAGACAAUCAAAUACCCACUACUACAAUUAGUAAUGACAACAUUAAAUAAAAUUGGAAAACCAAAUAAGAUCUUAUAUGAGGCCGAUAAAGACAUGUUGUUGAAAAUUAUAAACAGUUUAGAAUCCUUAAAAUAA